AUGCAGGAUCCUAAUGGUUUUAUGGACGAGAAGUGUGAAAACAGGCUUUACAUCGGUAACCUUGAUUUGAGAAUAACAGAGGCUUCUCUGAUUAAGAUGUUUUCGCCCUUUGGAAAGAUUGUAUCUGAAGACUUCCUGUGGCAUACUCGCGGCCCAAAACGCGGAGAGCCACGGGGCUUUGCUUUCAUCCAGUACAGCACUAAAGAGGAAGCAAAAUUGGCCAAGGAGAAGAUGCAUGGAAAAUUAGCAUGUGGCCGCCCGUUGGUUGUCCGUCUUGCUAGUGAGAAAUACUUGGUGGAAACGGCAGAGAAGUCUUCCAAAGGAGCGGGUGAGUCAAACAAGACCAGCCUUUCUGGUAGCAGUUCAGGACAGAUGAAUCGAAGUGCUAAAAUAGCUGCAAUCAAGAAUAAAUUAAAAGCUUUAGGGGAGGAGAGCUCUAGUGCAAAGAAGCAGAAGCUAGCUGAAAGCAUCUCAUGCACUGAAAGUCUGGAUAACUGUUCCGAUUGAGAGAGUUCUGCAAAACCGCUUUAUGUGAUUUUGCAACUAUUAGCAUGAUGCUGAAAUUAAAACGAUUUCAGAAUUUCAUAUUGAUGUUCUAUGGUGCUGAAAUAGUGAAUGAAAUGAUUUUUGACCAA